AUGUAUAUCGUAAACUGUGGGCAGCGUAAUAGGAUUCUUAGACAAAUUUUGCAUUUUAAAGCAGCAGAUAUUCCCAGCAGAAACUAUGGGAGCUCUAAGUUGGAUCUUAUAAGGGAUGUUUCUGCUACUAGGCUACAAUGGGAACAUAAUAAGAAUCAAUCCGACUGUAAUCAUACAUCUGACGAUUAUUCCGAUGUUAAUAAACCAAAAUACACUGUCUUCCAGAAAAAUCUUACGGUUAAAAGUAUUACUGGGACUAAAUAUGUAGCAGCAUUACAGAAUGUAUCCAAGGAUACACCUGAAGAUAAAUUAUUAAAGUUAUUAUCGGAUAUAUCAUCAGACAUUGAUGAGUUUUCACCUUAUGAGUUGAUAGACAUAGGCUAUUAUUUAACCCGCCUGAAUAGACCGAGCUGUCCUUCGGUUGCAGAACCUAUUAUGCACCGUUUCUUUUCUCUUCCGGAGCGUUAUUCCUGUCUUAACGGCGUUUACAUUCAUAGGUUACUGAGGACAUUAUUCAUAUAUCAGGAUGUAACAUAUCGUGUGUGGAUUUACGAAGUUGCGAAAAUCAUUGGAGUGAAACAUAACCACCUAUCUAUGCGUGAUCUCCAACUUAUCAUUGAUGAUCUUUCACUUUUCUAUGAUGCAUGUGCUCAGUCUGUACUCGCAUUAUUCGAAAAAACGGUGAUAAAUCGUGCACAUCAACUAGAACUCUAUAGAUUGCCGCUCAUGGCGCAUGCAUUAGGAAGGUGUUGUUACAAUUCAAUAAACGUUGCGAAGGCCAUUCAUGAUGUAUAUUUGAGUAAAAUAAAUGACCCUGAUUUUUAUUCGCGUAACUUGAUAGGGUUGUUGCUAAAGGGGUAUUGUUCUUUCCAUUUUCAUCCGGGUUUUAAGUUUCUAGGUAAAAUUUGGUCUGAUACAAAAGAGAGAUUUGAUGUUAUUGAAUUCAAGUAUCUUUCCUGGCUAAUGGAUUCUUUCCUAAAGUUACGCUACUUUACAUAUGCUCCACUAAUAUUGGAAGAACUUAUUGCCAAAUGUGACAUAUUGUCUCAUCUGGAAUAUACUGAUUUUAUUAUUGGUUGUUGGUCCAUACAAUCGCAUUUUCUUGCUCUGGAAUUCAGACCUUACAUAGACAAGGGUACAAUAUGGCAAGAAGAUAUGCACAAAUACCAGGAAAAAUACUUGUUUGAAGGUGUUUUUCCGGAUGACUCGGACACUUUUUCAAAUGACUACACACCAAGGGAUCUAGAGAUUGAUAAUUCCAAAGAAACACUGGAAAACAUAUAUAUUUAUUACAAAAGACUUAUGUCAAUAAUAAUCAAGGAUAUGCCUAUUAAGAUAUACAAAUCCACUCCACCUUACAGGGUCACUCAAUUUGAAGUAUUAACGCGUUUGUUAGCAAUAUAUCCAAACCCUAGGGAUUUCAGCUUUGUUUUACCCUUGAGAAAAUAUGAUACAACGUAUCCAAUUGCUGAACUUUUAAACAAAAAUACAAAGAUUCCAGAGGAUAAUGUGGAUGAUAUAUUCAUAGAUUUUGAUCAUUUUGCACUUUCAAAGUUCUUUGGACCGAACCAUCUCAAUAAUGAUGAGAUAAUUGAUGCGUUCAAAGCAGAGGGUGAUUCGGUUGAAGUCGUAAGUGGAAUAGCAAUAAAGGACAGCUCUCUAUCUGCUAGCCCUCCAAAAUUGGAGCCUUUAAAUGGACUUUUGAAGCAAUACAUACAUUCCUUUUUCUUCAGAACACCCGCCAUAGCUCCAAGAGGACUGAGGUUGCUUGUCCAAGGGUUGAUCAGGAUACACUUUGAGCAGCGGGAAGAUUGCGUUUUAGAUCCAGAUUUGCUGCCUAGCACGAAAAGUCAACGCUACGAUAGACCAUUAUCAUGUGCUAUUUUGCGUGAAGUUUAUCGGAAACUCGUAUGUUUUAAUACUGAUGAUCUCCUAGUCACUUUGUUUUGCAUGAUAACACUAAGAAUGUUCGAACUCCCACUUGCAGAAGAGUUUUUGCAUCAGCUUACAGGAAUGUGGACAUAUUUUGGAAAGGAAAAUACGUUUUUGAAGGGACAACUAGUAAUGAUCGCAUUAUUCUACAGGACGUUAAGUAUCAAACUACCGGACUUAUACUCAAAGUUGGAUCAAAAAUCCAUAAAAUUGAUAAUAGAUAAAGCAUAA